CAACUGAAAUGUCUAUUUUAAUCGGACAUGUGUUUAAAAUUUUAAAUUAACAACGGAAGUAGCUAGUAUAAGUGUUUAUUUUCUAUGAACGGAAGUAAAUCAGUGACAAGACAUAAGAAUUAAGACACAUGCAGUGUCAACACAACGCAAAAACACUAGCAACUCAUAAUGUCAUCAGGUCGAAUGACAAAUAAAUUACAAUAAGUUUAUUUUUUGUAAUAUACCUAUCAAUUAUCAAAGAGUAUAUCAUUACGUUAAAUAUAUUAUCAACUUUCAACACAAGAAGUGUUUCGUAAUUUGUUUUCUUAUUGCUUCUGAUCUGAAAUGAAAUGAAGUUCUUGUAGAAGUAUUAAUCAACAAAAUAUUGGUAAUUCCCUUGAUCAGUGAACAAUUAAUUACCGCUAUGGCAUUCGUCUAUCAAGGGGAUGCAGACUUGGAAUCAAAAGCAAAAAAAGCGGCUGAGCGUAUAUCUGAAAACAUGCAUAUUGUAGCAAAUGAGCCUUCACUAGCAUUAUACAGAUUGCAAGAACAUGUAAGAAAAGCCUUACCACCCAUGGUUGAACGAAGAGUUGAAGUCACAAAAUUGCAGCAUGAACUACAGGGCAGGUGCUAUGAUGUGGAGUAUGCUUUAAGUGCCGUAAAGUCAAUGGAUGGUGCAGCUACAAGCUUCAAAAACAUCCAGGAGAUGUUGAAACAGUCUAUAUUUUUAAAACAACAAUUAAAAUAUGAGGAGGCUAGGAGAAAUAAAAAAGAUACAAAUUCUGUUUAUAAGCGCCUCUCUGCUCACAUUGUCUUAGACCUUCCAGACCUUUCCGAAUUCUCUAUGAUCCGUGAAACAACAAAUAGAUUAGAGAACAUCAUGACCCAAGCUAGAGGCUCUAAUAAUGAGUUACAUAGGUCCCACACUACAUUACAUUAGAAUAAUAGGUUUUAUCAACUUAAUGAUUUGCACUUAUUUACUGAAUGAAUCUUUAAUCUAAAACAGAAUAUGAAGUAAUUCAAACAUUCUAAUAGAUUUUUUCCACAGAGAGUUACAAUUAGUAUACAUUAUGUGCAGAUAAAUUUAACCAGAAAAUAGUAACUAUAAUUUCAAUAAUUGGUCAAGCCCUGGUCUUGGUGUAAGUAAAACGAAUCACAUACUUGAACAGCUGGGAAUGGUGCAAGAAUUUAUAAAAAUAUUUAGCAAAUGUUAAAUGUCUAUGCUAGAGUUGCUUCCAAAACUCAGACUACUGGGCCACGGGAGUAAAUAUAAAUACUGCUUUUUUAUGUAAAGCACUGCAAUUCUUAUAAUAUAUUUUGAAAGUGCCAUUAAAAGAGUAGAUUGGUAAGUCACUUAAUUUUGGAAGUGGGCAUGCAUGGUUAAAACUAAUGAAAAUUCUUUAUCGAAAUUCUUUUCUGUAUUGAAUUUAGUUGUGUGUGAUAAUGUAUCUAAUUCUAAAUAUACUUAAAUCCCAAUAGUCAUGACAUUUUAUCAUGGGUAGCCAAAAUAUUAAUAGUAUUUUGUAGAAUGUACUAUGUAAAUAUUUUUUAGCUUCAUAAUUGGUGUUGGUAGUCUAUGUUUACUUCACAAAAUAUUAACAGUAUAUAGUAUCCUUGAAUCUCAUCCUUGAAUCUCACGAAAAUCAGCAAGAAAACACCAGCUUAAGCUAAAACAAUAUUUAUUGCUUAUAUUGCAAGUACACUAUCUUGCUUAUAAAUAACAAUUGCAUACAUUA